CAUUUACCGCCUCAUGGACCGAAGUGUAAAUACAAGUGUCGGAUAUUCAUAACGAUUCGGCUUGAGAUAGAGAGGAAAAUAGUAAUUUUUAAUAAUUGUUCAGUUUUUAAUUUAUAUUUUGUACAAUACUUAUAAUAAAAAGCAAAACUCAUGACAUUGCCUGGUACAAAAGAAAAACUUUUACAAUUAGUAGAUGAUGUUGAACUUAUCGCUAAAGAGCUCUUUGAAAAUAUUAUAGCACACAAACCUCAGAAACUACCAGCCAUAGAACAUGCCCAAUUAGCAGAUUUGUUAGUUACAAAAGAUCAAGAACUGAAGGACAUGCUAAAAACAGCUUCAGAACAGGCAGAAAUUCAAAAAAAAAUGGAUGCUCUUCAAGGAGAGGUGGACAAACAGGAUCAAGAUAUACGAACUCUUCAGAAACAUUUAAAGGAAGCAGAACAUAUUUUGGCCACUGCAAUUUAUCAAGCUAAACAGAAACUACAAUCUAUUCAAAGGAGCAAUGAGAGAAGCACUCCUUCAGAAGAGUUAAUAAAAUAUGCUCAUCGUAUCAGUGCUUCUAAUGCAGUAGCAGCACCUCACAACUGGCAGCAAGGAGAUCCAAGACGACCUUAUCCUACAGAUAUUGAAAUGAGAUCAGGGUUUCUCGGGAGAAUGAGUGAUUUACCGCUUAGUAGUAGUAGUAUGUUGCAGCAGCAGCAUCAAGGAAAUUUAGGAGAUUUAACAUCUCGUGGACCACAUGGAGAUCAGCCACCACCAACAUCACACACCAGCUCCUUUACAUGGCAAGGUGCAACAGAAAUGAAACCAGGUCUAAGCUCAACAGCCACUCACAACUCUGUUAAUAUGGAAAGUAAAGGGCACAGUAAGGAAAAUGAAGAUGUUGAAGUUCUUUCCACAGAUUCAUCAAGCAGCUCUUCCAGUGAUAGUCAAUAACAGUUAUGUUUUGUUUUUUAGAAAAGUCAUAAUGGGCCAUGUAUAUAGCACAUAUGUCGGAUAUUCAAUGCAAUGGAUAUAUACUUCAUAACUCACUUAAUUAGAAUAAAGUUUUAUUAAGAAACA